AUGGGUUCCAUCGAAACAGAGCAACCUCUCCUCGAGGAAGGAUCAAUACAGGAGGAACUGAAAUUAUAUGCUGAAGAUGGUUCAAUCGACAUCAAUGGAAACCCACCUUUAAAGCAAAAAACCGGAAACUGGAAAGCUUGCCCUUUCAUUUUAGGCAAUGAAUGUUGCGAGCGUUUGGCUUACUACGGUAUCGCUCUCAAUCUAAUUACUUAUCUCACUACUAAAUUACACCAAGGAAACGUUUCCGCCGCUAGAAACGUCACAACAUGGCAAGGGACUUGUUAUAUCACUUCUCUCAUUGGAGCAGUCUUAGCCGAUGCUUAUUUGGGUAGAUACUGGACCAUUGCUUCUUUCUCCGCCAUUUAUUUCAUCGGAAUGUCUGUUCUGACUCUCUCUGCUACGGUUCCAUAUCUGAAACCCGCUGAUUGCGUUGGAGACAUUUGCCCAUCGCCAACCGCAACUCAGUACUUCACGUUCUUUCUCGGGCUUUACCUUGUAGCUCUUGGUACCGGGGGAAUCAAACCGUGUGUCUCAUCCUUUGGUGCUGAUCAGUUUGAUGAUAAGGACUCGAGUGAGCGAGUUAGAAAGUCUUCUUUCUUUAACUGGUUUUACUUCUCUAUCAAUAUCGGGGCGUUUGGAUCGUUUGGUCUAGUGUUGGUUCAAGAGAAUAUCGGUUGGGGUUUAGGUUUAGGGAUACCUACUGCGUUCAUGGGAUUAGCUAUUGUCAGUUUCCUCUUUGGCACUCCGCUUUAUAGGUUUCAGAAACCAGGAGGUAGUCCGAUAACAAGGAUUUGCCAAGUUCUUGUAGCUGCAUUUCGUAAAAUGAAUCUAAAAGUCCCUGAAGAUACAACACUUCUGUAUGAGAAUGAAACACAAGAUCAGAAUUCUAAAGUUGCUGAAAUCAGGAAAAUCGAGCAUUCAGAUGAUUACAAGUAUCUUGACAAAGCCGCUGUUUUAUCAGCUGAAGAAGCGAAAUUUGGAGGCUUUUCCGAUCCGUGGACCCUAUGUACCGUCACGCAGGUCGAAGAACUCAAGAUUCUGAUCCGAAUGUUCCCGAUUUGGGCUUCGGGUAUCGUCUUCACGUCACUCUACGCUCAGAUAUCCACAUUGUUUGUCCAACAAGGAAGAGCCAUGAACUGCAAGAUCGGCUCUUUCGACCUUCCUCCAGCGACUAUCGCAGUUUUCGACUGCAUCACGGUCCUCAUUUGGGUUCCCAUCUACGACAAAUUCAUCGUCCCGCUCGCAAAAUGCUUCACAGGGAUCGACAAAGGAUUCACCGUGCUUCAAAGAAUGGGAAUCGGUCUUUUCCUUUCGAUCCUCGGUAUAGCAUCAGCUGCCAUCGUUGAGAUAGUGCGGCUCGGGCAAGCGGAAACUAAAACCGCGGUUUCUUUAACCGUGUUUUGGCAGAUACCGCAGUUUUUCAUACUCGGUGCAGCAGAGGUUUUCUACUUCAUAGGACAGCUAGAGUUUUUCUAUGAUCAGUCACCUGAUUCGAUGCGGAGUUUGUGUACUGCAUUAGGACUAUUGACAUUUGCGUUUGGGAGUUACCUGAGCUCGUUGAUCCUCACUGUAGUGACGUAUUUAACGACCAUGGACGGUGGAGAUGGAUGGAUUGCGGAUGAUCUCAACGAGGGGCAUCUUGAUUACUUCUUUUGGUUACUGGCCGGUUUAAGCAUUUUGAAUGCGGCGGUUUAUGUUUUCUCUGCCGUUAGUUACAAACAGAAGAAGGUGUUGUAA